AUGGCUUCUCCCGCGAAUGGCACGACGGUGGAGCUCCCCGCAGGAGGCAACGCGACGUCCGUGCCCGUCCAGACCCCGGCUCCCGUGGCACCGCCGAACGUCACGAGUACGCCCGCGGUGCCCACCGCGGCUCCCAUCCUUCCGGCUCCCACCCUUCCGACUCCCACCCUUCCGGCUCUCACGCCCGCCCCUUCGCCCCCUCGCCCCACCGACCCUCCUCGCCCCACCGACCCUGCACUCCCGUCGCUUACGGACCCGGCCACGGUCCCCGCUCCCACGCUCGCCCUGCUCACCUCCGCGCCCGCCGUCCCCGUUGCGACGACGGUCACGCCGAGGCCCACCGUCGGAGCGCCCCAGGGCACCCGCGCCCCGACCUUCUUCUCCCCUCCGCCGCCUGCGGACGGGGGGCACGGCGUCGCGGGAGGCACGAUCGGAGUCGUCGCGGGGGGCGUGGGGGGCUUUCUCCUCCUGAUGCUGGUCGUCGUCGCGGGGAUCAGGUUCGCCCUCGGGAGGAGGAGGUCCGAGAGGAAGAGGGGCGGGAGGGCUGUGCUCCCUCUCGCAUCCAUGGCGUUCCCGGACGUGUCGCCUCCGUCGGAGCCGAGCAGGGUGGGGCGCUCGAGGACCGAGUUCUCGUUCGAGGAGCUCUCGAGGGCCACGGACGGCUUCGCUGAUGCGCGCCUGUUGGGCGCGGGCGGCUUCGGGAAGGUGUACAGGGGCGAGCUGAGGGAUGGGAUGACCGUCGCCGUCAAGUACUCUGUCGUGCAAGGCGAUGCCGAAGUCGGGGAGCGCGAGUUCCAGUCCGAAUUAGAGGUGAUAUCCAGGGUCCACCACAAACACCUGGUGUCUUUCUUGGGGUAUGCCACGGAGGAGGACAAGCGUCUGCUCGUCCUCCAAUUCAUGCCCAAGGGGACCCUGUACGACCGAAUCCACGCAGACGCGAGUCUCGACUGGGCCGGACGGCUGAGGGCCGCCGUGGGAGCCGCGAGGGGGCUGGCGUACCUGCACGAGGACUGCCGCCCCGCCAUCAUACACCGCGACAUCAAGUCGAACAACAUCCUGAUGGACGCGAACAUGGAUGCGAGGGUCGCUGAUUUCGGCAUCUCGAAGCUGAAAGAGGAAUCCUACGCCAACACCCACGUGAGCACCCGCGUGAUCGGCACGUUCGGAUACCUCGACCCGGCGUACGCGAGCACCGGGCGCCUGACGGCCGAGUCGGACACGUACAGCUUCGGCGUGAUCCUCCUCGAGCUGGUCACCGGUCGACAGCCCAUCGAUGGCACGAGGGGCGCGGGGGAAGAGAGCUUGGUGGCGUGGUCCAGGGGGUUCAUAGAGGACGGAGCGUAUUUCGGGAUCAUCGACCCGUUCCUCAAGGAGACCGGGUACAACAGGGACGAGGUCCGGCGCGUGAUGAAGACGGCGUGGCUGUGCACGCAGCCCUCGCGACAGGACAGACCCACGAUGUCUCAGGUCCUGCGGUACUUGGAAGGGAACGCGCGGGCCGGCAGUCCGCGACGCCCGGAGCGCGAUGCCUUGACGAUGUUGGCGGACGAGAUGUUCAUGACCGGCCGAUGA